AACUCUGUUUUUCUCUUUCAGGUGAAAAUGAGCUCUUCAGCAAGAAGAAAAGGAAAACCAGGCAAAGGAAGUGGCAAGGGGUCUUCUAGAGGAGGAAAAGGAGGCAGGAGUCACAGUAGUAAAUCCCAUGGGGGUGGCAGCAGCGGUGGUGGCAGCAACAAAAAGGCCUCAAUUGGGAUUUGGGAUGGUGAAGAUGACUUUUGUAUCUUCGGUGAAUCACGGCGUCCAUCCAGGCCCAGCAGCAGUAGCACAAGCAAAGGAGAGGCACGCCCCAAACGGAGGCAAGAAGCCAAAGUGCCCCUUCAGACUCUGCACAUGACUUCGGAGAACCAAGAGAAAGUGAAAGCUCUUCUCCGAGACCUGCAGGAACAGGACAUCGAUGCUGGAUCUGAGAGAGGCAUUUCUGGGGAAGAGGAAGACGAGGAGCCUGAUUAUGGUGAUGACGAGCAGUAUUGGUCAGCUGGACAGGAAGCAUCCGUUGUUCUGGAUCCUAGUCCUUUGGAAUAUGCUGGCCCAGCCCUGGUCGAUCCUCAUGGUUCAGAAUUUGCGGUCUCCUCGCUCGCAGUGCAGAAGCUUUCCAGGUAUGGUUUCAACAUGGAGCUCUGUCAGGCAGCCCUGAGGACUUGUGGUGGAGAUGUUGGGGCAUCCCUAGAACACCUGCUUACCCAGUGUUUUUCAGAAGCGUUUGGAGAAAGGAUGAAGACCCCCAAGGCGUUUGCCCAUAUUAGCUUGAAUGAAUGUGUGGAGCAGCGGCACGAAGAGGCAUUUGCUCUCAAGUCCAUCUGUGGAGAAAAGUUUGUAGAAAGAAUUCAGAACAGAGUCUGGACCAUUGGAUUAGAGAUGGGGUAUCUGGCGAGUAAAUUCUGCAAAUCCAAACAAAGGGGGAGUUCCAAAAAUGCGCAGGAGCCCUCACUUGAAACCUGCAAAUUUUACCUCAAAGGAAAUUGUAAAUUUGGAUCAAAAUGUAAAUUCAAGCAUGAAGUACCCCCAGAUCAAAUUGUUGGAAGGAUAGAAAAAAAGGUAGAUGAUUCUCACCUUAAUGAAGACGCAUCUUUUAUAUAUGAACUUGAAGUUCGAUUUUCUAAAAACCACAAGUACCCCUACCAAGCUCCCCUUGUGGCGUUUUAUUCCACCAACGAGCGUCUACCUUUGGCGUGUCGUUUACAUAUUUCUGAGUUCCUUUAUAGCAAGGCUUUGACAUAUGCAGAAACUUCAGAACCUGUGGUAUAUUCUUUGAUCACCCUUCUGGAAGAUGAAUCAGAAAUAGUGAAGUUACUAACAAAUACCCAUCAUAAGUACAGUGUUCCUCCUGUGAAUUGUUUACCCACGCCCUCUGGGACCAGGGCGAAUCAUCUUGCCUAUCGUAAACCAGUGAUUCCAAAUGAUGCUUUCAUUCCACAUCAGAUUGCUGGAGUUGAACAGGAAUCAGAGCCUGAGGAGGAGGCAGAUGAGGAUGAAGGGCCUGCACCAGUUAGAGUGGAGAAUGAAAGCUAUGUGAACCUUAAGAAAAAGAUUUCCAAAAGAUAUGACUGGCAGGCAAAAUCAGUACAUGCUGAAAAUGCUAAAAUCUGCAAGCAGUUCCAAAUAAAACAGACUUCCAGACAGUUCCAGUCAGCCCUGCAAGAAAGACAUUCCCUCCCUGCCUGGGAAGAAAGAGAAACUAUCCUUAAUUUGUUGAGCAAGCACCAAGUGCUUGUCAUAAGUGGUAUGACUGGAUGUGGAAAAACGACACAGAUCCCACAGUUUAUUCUGGAUGAGUCUCUGCAUGGGCCACCUGAGAAGGUGGCUAACAUCAUCUGUACCCAGCCCCGACGCAUCUCUGCCAUCUCUGUCGCUGAGCAUGUUGCUAAAGAAAGAGCAGAGAGGGUGGGCCUGACUGUAGGGUACCAGAUCCGGUUGGAGAGUGUCAAAUCUUCAUCCACAAGACUGUUAUACUGCACCACAGGAGUGCUGUUGAGAAGGCUGGAAGGAGAUGCCACUCUCCAAGGGGUGACGCACAUCAUUGUGGAUGAAGUCCACGAGAGGACAGAAGAAAGGUAAAACCUCACUCUGGUGGGAAAACAGAUACUGAGUAAGCAAAUGAUCAAAGAAGUAAUUAUAAUGGAAUAAGAACUGUCUUCUGAAACUUUUUCUAUUUUCUUGGGGUUUUUUUCAGGUCGUACGUUUCCUGUUGAUCAGUUUUUUUUGGAAGAUGCAAUUGCCGUAACAAGGUACAUGUUACAGGAUGGGAGCCCCUAUCGGCGCUCCAUGAAGCAGAUUGCAAGGGAGAAACUGAAAGCGAGGCGCAACAGAACUGCAUUUGAAGAAGUGGAGGAAGACCUGAGGCUCUCCCUUCACCUCCAGGAUCAGGAUCAAGUUCCGGAUCAGCAGUUAGAUUUUAAGCAACUUGUAACCCGCUAUAGAGGGGUUAGCAAAGCAGUCAUCAAAACAAUGUCUCUCAUGGAUUUUGAAAAGGUUAAUCUUGAACUAAUCGAGGCCUUAUUGGAGUGGAUCGUGGAUGGAAAGCACUCCUACCCUCCAGGUGCUAUACUUGUGUUUUUACCGGGACUGGCUGAAAUCAAGAUGCUUUACGAACAGCUACAAUCAAAUCCUCUCUUCAACAACAGGCGCAGUGCUCAAUGUGUGAUUCAUCCGCUUCAUUCAUCUCUGUCCAGCGAAGAGCAGCAGGCUGUGUUUGUAAAGCCUCCUGUCGGUGUGACUAAGAUCAUCAUUUCCACCAAUAUUGCCGAGACAUCCAUAACCAUUGAUGAUGUGGUCUAUGUCAUCGAUUCUGGGAAAAUGAAAGAAAAGAGAUAUGAUGCAAGCAAAGGUAUGGAGAGUCUGGAGGACACUUUUGUGUCUCAGGCUAAUGCCCUACAAAGGAAAGGCCGAGCCGGCCGUGUUGCUUCUGGGGUCUGCUUCCACUUAUUCACCAGCCAUCACUACAGCCACCAGCUGCUAAAGCAGCAGCUGCCAGAAAUACAGAGAGUGCCGUUGGAGCAGCUGUGUCUGAGAAUUAAAAUUUUAGAGAUGUUUAGUGCCCAUCCCCUCCAGUCUGUGUUCGCCCGGCUCAUUGAACCUCCACACGCGGAGUCCCUCCGAGCAUCCAAAAUGCGGUUGCGAGACUUGGGAGCACUGACCCAAGAUGAAAAGUUGACCCCCCUGGGGUACCACUUGGCCUCUCUGCCCGUGGAUGUGAGGAUCGGCAAACUGAUGCUGUUUGGGUCCAUCUUCCGCUGUCUGGAUCCUGCUCUCACCAUUGCUGCCAGUUUGGCCUUUAAGGCUCCUUUUGUGUCUCCCUGGGACAAGAAAGAGGAAGCUAACCAGAAAAAGCUGGAAUUUGCCUUCGCAAACAGUGAUUACCUGGCCCUUCUCCGAGCAUAUAAAGGAUGGCAGCUAAGUACAAAAGAAGGUAUGCGUGCAAGUUACAAUUACUGCAGACAGAACUUCUUGUCAGGAAGGGUGCUCCAGGAAAUGGCCAGCCUCAAACGACAAUUCACUGAGCUGUUAUCAGAUAUAGGGUUUGUGAAGGAGGGCCUCAGAGCACGGGACAUUGAGAAGAGGGCCCUCGAAGGAGAUGGUGUGCUGGAUACCACAGGAGAAGAGGCAAACUCCAAUGCUGAGAACCCCAAGCUGAUAUCCGCAAUUCUAUGUGCUGCUCUGUAUCCAAAUGUAGUGCAGGUGAAAAGCCCAGAAGGGAAAUUUCAGAAGACCAGUAUCGGAGCUGUGAGAAUGAAACCAAAAUCAGAAGAGUUGAAGUUUGUCACCAAGAACGAUGGCUACGUGCACAUUCACCCUUCAUCCGUCAACUACCAGGUCAGACACUUUGAAAGUCCGUACCUGGUGUACCAUGAGAAGAUCAAGACUAGCCGGGUGUUCAUCCGGGACUGCAGCAUGGUGUCCGUGUACCCCCUGGUCCUGUUCGGAGGAGGCCAAGUGAACGUGCAGCGUCAAAGGGGAGAGUUCGUGGUCUCCUUGGAUGAGGGCUGGAUCUGUUUUGCUGCUGCCUCCCAUCAGGUGGCUGAGUUAGUAAAGGAACUUCGUGGCGAGCUUGACCAGCUCCUUCAGGAUAAAAUAAAAAAUCCGAGCAUCGAUCUGUGUACCUGCCCUCGGGGGUCCCGGAUCAUCAGCAUGAUCGUCAAGCUUGUCACCACACAGUAAAGGGCCGCCUCAGGCGGAUCCUUGCCACUCAUCUGUUUCUUACGGCCUGGGAAACAACAGCAGCACCUCUACCUCCACCCCAGGCCUGUGCUGGGCCAUCCCAGGCCCGAGGAGGAGCCCAGCACACCUCCAAGGCACCACCCACCGUGAGAGAAGUGCUAAGGCUCAGCCUUUCUCCCAAAACUGUGGGCAUGUCCAGUACAAGGUGGGGUGUCAUUGGGAGACUCAUGUAAACCCGGCUCGUCUGUCUCUUUCCCUGCCCUGGAGAGACAGAAUUGUGCCGAGAACACAGAGGUGAACACUUAGAACACUUUUGUUUUCUCUGUGUUAUAUUCUCCUGCUUUUCACUGAGGUAACAGGUCUAGGGAAAACCUGCUGUUGUUUUGGCAUAAAGCCUCAAAUGAGAGAAGUCAGAAUAGAGAAAGAAACUGGCCCUCUCUACAAACCUGGGAGACAAAUCAUGUGAGCAAGAAAAAUAAAAUCCCAUUUUUAGGCUAUUAGCUCCCAAGCAGACUUGAUUUGGGAAGGACUUUUGUUUGACUCCUUAAAGAUCAGCCUAAAAGCAACACAUUGGGGUUGUGUUGUGUUACCAUACUGCCAGCUGGUCUCCUUAGAAGCAGGACCAACGGCAUGCCCUCAUCGAUGGUACCCUCCAUGUAGGUAGCUGUACCCUCUCUUGCAGACUCACAGUGGCUAGACUUCACUUCACCCACAGGGCGGAGUUGGAUCAGCUGAGUGGACAAGGAAAAAGGUGGUCAUGCUACUAUCAGAUUGGCAGCCAUAUUACAAUGCGUCCCUGAGUCCACUGAUUUUCAGCAGAAGCUUAGGUUAAUGGGGCAAUAGUAUUUCGCCUGGCAUAUAGCUGCAGGUUGGUGAUUCAAGUCCACCCAGAAGUACCAGUGGAAGAAAGGCCUGGUGAUCAGCUUCCAAAAAAUCAGCCAUUGAAAACCCUCUGGAGCACAAUUGUACUCCGACAUACACGGGGUUCACCAUGAGUAGGAAUCACACAGAUGGCUGCUGGCUUUUCUAUUUUUUAACAUUUAGAAAAAAAUAUAAUGCAUUCCUAUUUUCCCUGAACAUUUAUCAGGGUGGCCAAGGAAGAUCGCAAAGAGCAGAGUAGAAACACAGAAUCCUGUGUUUCCCUAGCCCUCCAGUAUGGCCCCUACUCAGUCGAGACUGUGUGCAAAUCCUUCAACGGAUCACCUCAGUGGAGGGUGUUCCCACUUCCAGGAACCUUCUAGUGUGUCUGAGCUCUGGUCAUUGUCGAUGAGCUUAGACUCAAGUGUUUUUAAAAGUAUCAAUUCAUGCCAUCACUUUAAGAUGUUAAAAGCACAUUUGCACAGCACACACAACAACCAUGCCCUGACUUGCUCCGGAAAGAAGGCACACAACUGAUUAGGUGAGGACCAACAACAGCCCGACCUUCAGGAGAAAUAAAGGAAGAAAUCAGGAUUGUCCCUCGAAAAGAGGAUUUGGUUUUGUUUUAAGAGUUUUGACUCCUGGUGCUAUGGUGUAGCAUUCACUGCCCUGGCCAGAGCCUGCCAUCUGCCCAAGGCACCUGCGUCUUUAACCCAUGUCUGCAGAUGAGCACACAACACUUUCAUGCAGAAUGCCAAGAAACCGCUCUCCGGACGCCAAUCCUUGGGCUGGUCACUUCCAGCCACAUACUUCCACCGAGUUCCAGAAGUGCCGAAUGUGAAAAGGAUGGGAAGCCUUGACGGAUGGCGGUGAAUCAAAGUGCACAUGCCAAAACGAAGCCUACCUAAGCUGUCAUUCUUCGUCUGAACGAGGAGUACUCCUUUGGCAGUAAGUGCAGCAGGCAGCCCCAACAAGAUGGUUCUCAUUUCCUGGCAUUUUAUGGUAAAUGGCUUCUUCAAAUUAAACAUUUGUUCUACUGCAAUCUAGCUAGGGAACAAUGUUAAUAAAGUAUUUGCUACUAAA